ACGCCCUUGCUGAGGCUCAGGCCGAUGGUUACGGAGACAACGUGUCGGAAGCACUCGCAGAGGCCAACGCCGAGGCAAUCGCCAAGUGCCUGUACCCUCUUUGCCGGGGCCUCGCCGCCGACUGCUGCAACGGAGGUUUCAAGAGCGAAUGCGCCUGCAGAGG